AUCAAUUACAGUACCUUUCGUCUUAGCUGUUGCGCCCUGAAAAUAAUUGUACGGCUCCUUGGAGUAAACCAAAAGGUAGGUAGACGAAAUAAACAGAGCAAAGGGAUCUAGCAAUUCCAAGCCACUUCUCGGAAGGAUCAGCGGAUCAAACGUUCAUAUUCACCCGCCACAAUACAUCGACCCGUCCCGUCCGUUCUCAAUCAUUUUCUCCUACGCCUACUUGAAGAUUCUAGCAUUGCAAUUCUUUGAAAGCUUCAUCUGCGAAGAAAUUGGCCGUAGCCAGAACUGACGGCCCUGAAAUCCAACUGCUUCGACCAAUUUCCUCACUCAUGUGUCGAAACCCUAGUCCUGUAUCUCAUUUACGCUAGGGUUGGAGCUUUAUCGGCUCCGUAAUCAGGGACUCCAAAUUGAUGUGUAUGUGUUAAAUAAUGAGGGGAUUGAAUUUAGUUUACACCAGAAGAAGUCCCCGAUUUCGUGGCUUAGCUAAUGGAUUGUGUUUAUUCGCUCUAAUUUUCCUACUUUACAUCCGGGGAGAUGUCUUGAGGAAUCCGCAUCCUCUGCAAUCAUUACCUUCAACCGAGUGGACGUCUAGAAGCGGUCACGAUGCUUGGUCAAACCAUAUGAGAGUGAUCCGUCGCGGGAUGGUAGAAGUCGAUGGUAGUGUAAAUGGGUCGGAUCCUGUUGAUAUAUCUAUUAUGAAACCUGAGGUCUGUAGUGGAGUUUAUGAACAUAGGGGGUACAGUAGUGGUUGUGACUUCUUGAAAGCUCACCCAAAGUGCAUGUCUGGAGGGUUCUUUGAUUACAUAAAGUUCUAUUACUGCAGUUGCAGCGAAAGCGGAUGGGCUUACGUAGCAUUUGCUCUCUGGCUAGCUACGCUCUUCUAUCUGUUGGGUAACACCGCGGCAGAUUACUUCUGUUGUUCCUUAGAGAAACUCGCCAGUUUGCUGAAGCUAUCACCCACUGUUGCAGGCGUAGCUUUGCUACCCCUGGGGAAUGGGGCUCCGGAUGUCUUUGCAAGUAUUGUUUCUUUUGUGGGGACAGGUGCCGGUGAAGUCGGCCUUAAUAGUAUUCUAGGCGGGGCUGUAUUUGUAACUUGCAUUGUAGUUGGGGCUGUUUCUCUUUGUGUGGCUGAUCAGUAUGCUCAGAUUGACCAAAAAUGCUUUAUUAGGGAUAUUGUGUUUUUCAUUGUGACCCUUUUUUCGCUUUUAUUGAUCUUGGUUUUCGGUCGGGUAAGCUUUAUAGCUGCGGUUGCAUUUUUGUCAAUUUACAUUAUUUAUGCUUUUGCUGUUGCUGCUAAUGAGAUUUUGAGAAAACAUGCCCGCAGACUGAAGUUGGAUUCAAUCACUCCACUUCUUCCCGUGAGAGGAAAUGUGUUUUCUCAAGGAGCAGAAGAGGAUUACUCCAUAUAUACCCCUUUUAUUGACCUUGAAACAGAAACCAGUGAUGGUGAGCAGUCACACAGCUCACUCCCACAGUGGAUGUGGUCAUCAAAUCUGGCGAUAUAUUCAAACCAGACCAUUAGGGUGCCCGACAGCGAGUGGCCUUUAUGGGGAUGGAAUGACCAAGACUUUGAAGUUGAUGAACACACCACCUCAUUCAACUGGUCAAAGUUAUGGUCUCUACUCGAGCUUCCCGCGGCAUUGCCAAGACGGUUAACGAUUCCCUUAGUUUCAGGAGAGACUUGGUCAAAGUUUUAUGCUGUUUCCAGUGCUUCUCUGGCCCCAGUUCUUCUGGCAUUUCUCUGGUGCAAUCAAGACAAUGUCAGUAAUAACAGCAAACUCAUAUCAUUUAUCAUUGGGGUUUCAGCUGGAUGCACUCUUGGUCUUCUUGCUUACAUGUUCACAAGAUCAGACCAUCCACCUCACAAGUUUUUGUUCCCAUGGGUCAUGGGAGGUUUUUUUAUGAGCAUUGUGUGGUUCUAUAUUAUUGCGAAUGAGCUUGUCGGCUUGUUGGUUGGACUAGGGGUGAUGAUGGGAGUGAAUCCUUCAAUCCUCGGUUUGACCGUACUCGCAUGGGGAAACUCGAUGGGUGAUUUGGUUUCAAAUGUUGCCUUGGCAAUGAAUGGUGGGGAUGGUGUGCAGAUGGCCUUUUCCGGAUGUUACGCUGGUCCAAUGUUUAAUAUACUGAUUGGUUUGGGAGUAUCAAUGUUGAUUGGAGCCUGGUCAGAGAAACCCAAUUCCUAUACUCUCCCACUGGACAAAAGCUUGUAUUCCACAAUGGCUUUCCUUAUGCUCGGACUACUAUGGUCCCUGGUCGUCCUUCCUAGAAACGAGAUGCGGCCUAACAGAAUGCUAGGUGGUGGUCUUUUGCUCAUCUAUUUGGUAUUUCUGUCUGUUAGGCUGAGCAGUGCUAUGGGAAUCCUGGGGUUAUCUGGUCUUCAAUGACUGGUUAUAGGCUUAUAGCUAUAACAUGUAUGAAGAAAUAUUGCAAUAUAUACUAGCUGUUCUUCGAAUUGCCUUGAUGUAUGUAUUUUAUCGCAAUGAGAUCAGGUACAAAAUUUCUAGCGAACAAAUACAGCUCAUUCUAACCACUCUAAGUGAACUUUUUGCUGGAGAAAUGUGUAUAUGUCUAGUAUUAUUGUUCUAUCUGUGAUGUAAUUAUAUUCUUCUCUAUAGGAAUAAAUACACGUUUAAUGCUGUGUUUGGUUUAAUAUAGUCAUAUAUUUCCACUUGAGUCCC